GUAUAUCCGCACCAUGUACCUGGGGAUUCAGAGCCAGCGGCAGAAGGAACACCAGCGACGCUUCUACUGGGCUAUGAUGUACGAAUAUGCAGACGUUAACAUGCUGCGCCUCCUGGAGACCUUCCUGGAAAGCGCCCCCCAACUGGUGCUACAGCUCUGCAUAAUGAUCCAGAAGAGCCGCGCCGAGACGCUGCCCUGUGUCUCCUCUGUGACUUCCCUGAUGUCCCUGGCUUGGGUGCUAGCCUCCUAUCACAAGCUGCUGCGGGACUCCAGGGACGACAAGAAGAGUAUGAGCUACAGAGGGGCCCUCAUCCACCUCUUCUGGCGCCUCUUCACCAUCUCAUCCAGAGUUCUCUCUUUUGCCCUCUUUGCUUCCAUCUUCCAGCUCUACUUCGGGAUCUUCGUGGUGGUUCACUGGUGUGCCAUGGCCUUCUGGAUUAUCCAUGGCGGAACAGACUUCUGCAUGUCCAAGUGGGAGGAGAUCCUCUUCAACAUGGUGGUAGGGAUCGUGUACAUUUUCUGCUGGUUUAACGUCAAGGAAGGGCGGACUCGAUAUCGAAUGUUUGCAUAUUAUACGAUAGUCUUGACCGAGAAUGCUGCCUUGACGUUCCUUUGGUAUUUUUACAGAGACCCGGAGACCACUGACUCCUUUGCGGUGCCAGCACUGUGUUGUGUCUUUAUUAGCUUUGUGGCUGGGAUUGCACUGAUGCUCUUAUACUAUGGUGUGCUGCAUCCCACGGGGCCGCGAGUUAAGGUCUUGGCCAGCUCCUGUUGUGCCGAGCUGCUCUGGGGCAUCCCUUUGCCCCCCGAUGUUGAGCCCAUGGCGCCUCAGACCCCUGGGUACCGGGGGACCCAGGUCACGCCUACCAGAGCCGUAACGGAACAACAGGAGGAUCUCACGGCUGACACUUGCUUGCCCGUUUUCCAAGUGAGACCCAUGGGGCCCGCUACCCCGUUGGGGCGUCCUUACCUCCCAGAAGGGCCCCUCAUUAAGAUUGACAUGCCAAGAAAGAGAUACCCAGCUUGGGAUGCUCAUUUUGUAGACAGGAGAUUGAGAAGGACUAUUAACAUUCUGCAGUAUGUCACCCCCGCCGCGGUAGGCAUUCGGUAUCGAGAUGGACCGCUCCUUUACGAGUUGCUACAGUAUGAGUCUUCACUCUAAGAGCAUCUUGACCCAAGUUGAGAAGGGGACCUUAAGUUUGGUUUGCGGUAAACGCCGCUUGCAAGAAAUAUAACUCCUCCCUUCCUUCAAUACACAGAACUACCACCACCACUACCACCACCACCACCAAUGCUACAAAAAACAAAAAGAAAAUAAGUCACAACCCCUUCAGAUAAGCUUUCUUUCCAGUCGCUGUAUGUAUACAAAGAUAUUCUCUAUGUUUUGUAAGUAAAAACAAAAAGAAAACCUUUCUUUUGUUUUUUACACAUAAGUAACAGUAUUGAAAAAAAAAUCCCACACUAUGGUUCAUACGGUGGAGAAGAAGGAGUUGUCUCCACUCCAAAAGAAAAACAAAGUUUUAUACCUUUACACCAAGUGUAGGUCAUUUACGGGAUUGGUGCUGAUUGAAAGAACAAAACAAAACAAACACAAACAAACAAACAAACAAAACCUUCAACUGCCUUAUGCCCUUAGGUGCUGAGUUUCAUUAAGUACUGUCACGUUUUCUCAUGCAAAACUCUCUGGUGAUUUUUGCACUGGGAGAGGGAAAAUUAAACAAUCAAAUGAAACCAAUCUAGAAACGGAACAAAAACCAACCAACCAAUAAAACACAAAGCAAUCAUUCUUCCUAUCUGAUGAUUUGUAUUGAAGAAAACAAAUUGACCAAAAGCAAAAGCAUAGAAACCCCUCCCUCUUUUUGGUUUCUCUCCCCCUUCUCCCGUCCCUGCCCCCAACUUCUCAGCCCCUUCUUGGAGCCAAAGGGCCAUUUGAAAUUCAGAUGGUUGGAAAAGCUCCUCGAAGGCUGAUUAGGUGCCAUUUUAGCGUUCACCUAUUAAGAAUCACAUUUGUUUCCUGGUGAAAAAGCAAAACAGAACAAAACAAAAACCACCCUAAUAAUUCGAUGAGAAAAGGAAAUUCUAAAGCAAAUUAAAGGAGAUUUCCAUAUAUGUAAUCAAAGAGAAUCAGUAAUAAUAAAACUCAGCAUAGUAGCAAAAA